UGUCCGCCAAGCCGCUUUCAAGCUCAUUUGGCUCCAGCAAACGUUGCCCCCAAACUCUCACGAGUGUCGGCCGAAAGGCGCACGAGGCGAGCGCCGCGUCGCGCACCUUUUUGCUGCGCGGAGGAAGAAAAAAAAAGUCGGACGCCUGCGAGGAGGGCGACGAACUUUCCGAACUUUCCCGAACUUUGUACGCGGAGUGCUCGACUGGAUUCCCGAAGGGAUCGGACAGCCAAAAAGAAAGUCAACGUCGGCCCAAAAAGAAGCUCGGAAGUCAAAAGAUACCUCAGCGGGGGUCGUCUGACAUUAAAGGAGCAGCAUGGAGACAUCAGCUCCAACUGCCACAGAGAAAAAGGAGUGCAAGGGUCCUGGUUUGGAUGGAAGCAGCUUCUCAGAAAUUCCAAACAAGCCCUCUCCCACCUCGAGAGGUGUCCACCAUAUCUUCCCAACAUUUCACACACCCAUCCCAAUCAACAUGAGACACCACGAGGGGCGAUACCAUUACGAACCCCACCCCCUGCACACCAUGCAUGGAGCUCCCGGACUAACUGGCAGUCCAGUAAUCUCAGAUAUCUCCUUAAUUCGUCUAUCACCUCAUGCACCGACGGGGCCGGGUGAGUCUCCAUUCAACCCUCCACAUCCCUACGUCAGCCCCCACAUGGAGCAUUACCUACGCUCAGUACAUGGAAGCCCCACCCUCUCCAUGAUCUCUGCGGCACGAGGACUGAGCCCUGCCGAAGUUACCCAUGAACACUUAAAAGACCGAGCCCUCUUCGCUCUCCCUCCACCACCACCGGGGGCAAACCCCACAGAAUACUACCAUCUGAUGGCCAGUGCCAGCCAGCGAAACCCAUAUGGCGACCUCUUGAUGCAGAGCAGUGCGGCGGCAGCGGCCGCAGCGGCGGCGCAUUUACCAGAUUACAUCAGUCCAGUGGAUGUUUCACGUUUCUCCAGUCCCCGGAUGACACCACGACUGAGCAGGAAGAGGGCACUAUCCAUCUCUCCACUAUCAGAUGCCAGCAUUGACCUGCAGACCAUGAUCCGCACCUCACCCAACUCCCUGGUUGCCUACAUCAAUAACUCCCGCUCUAGUUCAGCUGCCAGCAGCUCUUACGGGCACCUCUCAGUUGGAGGAAUCAGCCCUUCAUUCAGUUUCCCUCAUCCCAUUAACCCGGUGGCGUAUCAGCAGUUGUUGUCUCAGCAGAGGGGCCUGAAUGCCUUUGGCCACACCCCCCCUCUCAUUCAACCACCACUCUCCUCGUUCUCUGCCCGUCAACAUUCCCUGGCCACUCCGCCUUUGUCCACCUCCCAUAACAGCGCCAACUCAGAAGCUAAUCAGAAUGCUAGUGGAGAUCCAGCAGUGAGCAGCACAGUCAACCCACUCAAUUCCAAGAGAACAAAGGUUAAGAUGGAAGUCGAAGGAGCUCUGCCCAUCUCAGCAACCUCUCUGGACCACAGUGGAGGGAUGCUGGACCUGAGUGAGGAUCUUGAUAAAGAUGAGUGCAAACAGGAACCCGAGGCCAUAUAUGAGACCAACUGCCACUGGGAGGCUUGUACCAAGGAGUAUGAUACCCAAGACCAGCUUGUACAUCACAUCAACAAUGACCACAUCCACGGUGAAAAGAAGGAGUUUGUGUGUCGGUGGGUGGAGUGUUCAAGGGGCCAAAAGCCCUUCAAGGCCCAGUAUAUGCUGGUGGUCCACAUGAGGAGACACACGGGCGAGAAGCCACAUAAAUGCACUUUUGAGGGUUGCGCGAAAGCUUACUCCCGCCUCGAGAACCUCAAGACCCACCUUAGGUCUCAUACUGGGGAAAAGCCCUAUGUGUGUGAGCAUGAAGGCUGCAACAAGGCCUUCUCAAAUGCUUCAGACCGGGCCAAGCACCAGAACCGCACACAUUCUAAUGAGAAACCAUAUGUAUGUAAAAUCGUGGGCUGUACCAAGCGCUACACAGACCCCAGCUCUCUCAGGAAGCAUGUUAAGACCGUUCACGGACCUGAGGCUCAUGUCACCAAGAAACAGCGAAGUGAUGCUCCUCGAGGACUUCAACCACCCAAAGACAAUGGAGAGAAUGAGUACCAUUCAAAGAACGGCACGGGAAGUGCAGAUGAGAGGCCUGAUGCCAAAGGCACCACGAGAAGCAUGGAAGACUGCCUACAAGUCAAAUCUAUCAAGACUGAGAAUUCCGUUAUGUAUCAGUCCAGUCCUGGUGGUCACUCAUCAUGUAGGAGUCAGCCAUCACCUCUCAGCAGCACCAACAACAAUGACAGUGGGGUAGAGAUGGCCAUGCACAGUGGGGGCAGCUUCGGGGACCUGAGUGCACAGGAUGACUGCGCCAUGGUUGACUCGACUGUUCCUGCCGGGGGGCAACACGCAGGGUUGGGACUCCAUCUGAGGAAAUCAGUAGGUCAUAGUGGCACAGUUACCAUCAAAAUGGAGAGUAUCAAGAAAGAAAGGCUGAAGACAGUGAGAGACUCAUGCCCAUGGGUCAAUUCAGCGCCACAGCCCCCACAGGCCCAACGCAACAACACAAAGCUGCCCCCGAUACCUGCAGUUGGUUCCCUGGUGGAGAACUCAAAUUUAACAAGUAACCUGAACAGUUUAUACAAUGGUCAGCUAUUGGGAGACCACUCUUUGUGUGAAGUGACUCUGCUGAACCAGCUGAAUGAUCGGCGUAAUAGUACAACCAGCACGAUCAGCUCAGCGUACACCAUGAGUCGGCGUUCCUCCGGAAUCUCGCCUUGCUACUCCAGCCGGCGCUCCAGUGAGGCGUCACAAUUUGGGGCGAACCGUCAUAACAAUAUCAGUUCGGCUGACUCCUAUGACCCAAUCUCCACUGAUUUAUCCCGACGCUCCAGCGAGGCUAGCCACUGUGGAGGUGGUGGUGUCGGUGGAGCAGGUGGAGGAAAUCUUCCUAGCCUUCUUAGUCUGACUCCAGCUCAACAUUAUCGUCUCAAGGCAAAAUAUGCAGCUGCCAUUGGUGGAGCGCCGCCUACCCCCUUACCUAAUAUGGAAAGAAUGAGUCUCAGGACGCACAUGGCCCUCAAUAGUGACUCUCAGGAAUGUUCAUCACACCAGUACCGCCAUCCACCCUCUGGAACUGUGCCCCGGCGAUGCAGCGAUAUUGGAUAUGGCAAUAACAGCAUGAUGCCCCAUGAAGUACCUGCCAGCCUUCCCCGCCGGGCAAGUGACCCAGUCCGUCGUCCCACCCUUGACCCUCUGGCACUUUCAGCAGUGCAGCGCUAUAACAGUAUGAGCAGCAUGAAUAGUUCAUCAGAAUGUCACCAAGCAUUGGCAAUGCAUGGUUACACUCGUUCUGAUGGCAAUCUACAGCGCUAUCCAUUUACCCCCAGACCGCCAAGCAUUUCGGAGAAUGUAGCUAUGGAGAACAUGGCAGGAGAUGGGAUGGGGACUGGGGUAGAACAGAGUCCAGAGGAUGAUAUAGUUCUUCCAGAUGACAUGGUACAAUACCUGAGGUCCCAAAACCCUGGCACCCAAGGUCACAACUUGGUACAAGGGAACUACCAAUUCAAUAACCAGUCUCAGGGCUAUCAGACAGGCAUUGCCCCACUAGCCUCAUUUUAUUCCCAGAGAAGGGUUGCCAAGGUUGAUGCCUGCAUGAGGCAAUCUGGUCAGGAUAUGGAUCAUAGUGACUCCCAACAGCCUUUCUCAGCAUCAUCACACAUAAAUAAGAAUAAUAUGCCAGUACAGUGGAAUGAGGUGAGUUCAGGGACCGUGGACACCAUACCAAAGCUCCCCAAACAGCAACAUUCUCUCAGGGGAAACCUAGCUGUUGUUCCACAGAGGAACAAUUUUGGUUCCUUCCAGGCACAAGGUCAAGGCCUUUGCAGCAACCAGCAGGUCAUACCCAUGAGUCAGAAUAUGCAUAAGCAGGGCUAUGCAAACCACAACAGCAAGAGGUUGAACAACCCUCAUUAUCAGCAAACACAGUGUAGCAAUCUGAAAUUUAGUGACCAAAGUUCCCGGCAAGGGUUUAGCCAAGACACAAUUCAAAAUUCUAUUUCUGCAAGCAAUAAUAUGAGAGCCACUCGAAAUGCUCUGAUGGAACAAGGACUGCAAAGUUACAGAGGAAGGACACAAGCUGAUGAAUAUUCUCAUAUGAACAAUGUGGUUCAUCAGCAACAGCACCAUAAUAUUUCAUCCCUGCACAGCAGUGUACAUAAUGGUACCAGUGGAAUGUUACUUCCAAGACCUCCAGUAGAGCCCAAGCCUGGUGGGAGACAGCAUCCUGGCACUGGUAUGAUGCAAUUGAGCAGGAUACCCAAGUUAACUGAUGUUAGCCCUGGCCUGCGUAAUGACACGUCAGAGGCAAGUCCAAAAAGGCCCAAUGAGUCAGCAACCCAACAAAACAACUCUGAGAAUCCCAACUCUGCAAUGUUCUACACCGGUGCGAUUCAUUUGUUUGAACAAACUCCCGCCACCUUCGAUGCUCCGAUAUGCCCCAAUAUGAGCCAGACCAAUAACAACAUAGCAGCAGGUAACAUGGCCUCACCAGGUGUCAACCAGGUCUCUAGCAGUACAGUGGAUUCUUCCACGAGUGGAAAUAGUGGUGCAGAACACACCCAAAUAGAUUUUGACUCCAUGUUAGAUGACGGCGAUCACUCCAGCCUGAUGUCAGGCACCCUGAGUCCUGGCCUUUUACAGAGCCUCUCCCAGAAUUCAUCUCGUCUCACCACCCCUCGCAAUUCUGUUACACUUGCAUCGGUACCAGCCGGAAUUGGCAACAUGGCCAUUGGUGAUAUGAGCUCAAUGCUCACAGCACUGGCUGAAGAAAGUAAGUUCCUCAACAUGAUCAGUUAGGGGUAAAUAUAGCUUUAAGCCAUUCAGUCGCAAUAAGUCACACAUCAGGAAUAUAUGACAAAUGAGUGGCCAUUUUAUUUGUUUUGUUUUCACUGUCUAUAGCAGUAUGAUAUUCUUGUUAUGUUUUUAUCUGACUGUUUCAUCAAGAGUCUCGUAGAUAGCAGAAAGAACUCAUUCACACGCACACACGUGUACAUACACUACUGUAUAUAGUGGUGCACUGACUGAAAGCCUUUCACAUUGCCUUGCUAAAGAGCUUGAGUAUGAGCAUCUAAUUACAGUUCCAGCACCAGUCAAUUGAUAGAAUUGGAGGCCAAGUUUUUAGUAUUAUAUUGGAUGGUACUUCUUAAACGUUAUGUGAUAGGCUUUUGUGAUGUGUUCUAAUGAGUUAUACAUACAAUUAUCAUGUCAUAAAGUUAACCAGUAUGUCUGACAACCAAUUGACACGAGAGGUGCAGAAUCAUGGUAAAAUAUUUGAUACUAACAUCAGGGUCCAUAGACUCGCUUUUUGAUCAUGGUCUGAACUUUUGAGGAUGCCCCUCUGGAUCAGAGGCACGAACUCUCCUUGGUGUCAAAUCCACAAGGGUAAAUGAUUGAAAUGGACAAGGGUAUGCUUUGGUCUAUCCCACACCCCUGUGUGUGACGGGGAACAUUCUCUCAAAGAAUAUACAAGUACCUCUGUGUGCUCCUAAUGGGAUCCAACUCUAAUUAACACAUUCAGAAUAUCACCCCCACCACCUCUUUUCUACAACCCAUACCUCCCCUUAGGCUUUGGAUGAACAGGAGAAUGGCAAAUUCAGGAAGGGACAGACUUUGAUAUUCAAAAUUCUGUUUUGGCAUACUAGCCCAGCAAAAAUUCUGUUAUGUUCCCUGAUUUCUAAGUAGCCUUUAAAAGCGUUUGUGUAUUUCCUACGACAGUCUAUACUUUUACAUGUUUGUUUGGAUUUGUGUGACAGUGUAUAUAGCCUUUGUACAUUUCUAAUAAACUAUGUCCUUUUUUUCUG